AACAGUUGUCAACCGUCUUCCUCUCACUAAAUAUAACAUGUAAGAGAGAGACAGAGAGAGGAACCAAACCAAAUGUCCGGCGGCCAUACCUUCGCCGCUACACUUUUCCGGCAAGUCACGCCGUCGCUCCCAGCUAUUAAUUGAUUUGACUUCACUGUCUAUUACGAUUCUCUUUCUCGCCAAAUUUUCCCUAUCCCUACCUCACUUUUUCUAUCGUUUUUGAAUCAUUUGCUUUCACUCGCACAUUCCAGUAUUAUGCUCUGUUUGUAUCAUCUCCGAUCAAUCAUCAGCAGAGAGAUGAACUAUGUCAACUGAUUCCACUGCAAUGAAUACGCAGCCAGACGCUGCCGCUCCCAACCUUGGCGAAGGAAUGACACGUGGCGAUGAUGUAGGAGGAGAGAGGAGGAGCAUAAACCCUGAGCUAUGGCAAGCUUGUGCGGGACCGUUGCGCAACCUUCCUUCGCCGGGGACUCACGUCGUUUACUUCCCUCAAGGACACAGCGAACAGGUUGCUGCAUCUUUGAAGCAGGAUGUGGAUGCCCAAAUCCCAAACUAUCCUAAUCUUCCCUCCAAGUUACCGUGUCUCCUUCACAAUGUCACCUUGCAUGCAGAUCCAGAAACUGAUGAAGUAUAUGCUCAGAUGACACUUCAGCCGGUGCAAUCUUUUGAUGCAGAUGCCUUACUAAGAUCAGAUCUUUCCCUCAAGUCAAGUAAGCCCCAACCUGAGUUUUUCUGCAAACAACUGACAGCGAGUGAUACAAGUACUCAUGGAGGUUUCUCUGUACCCCGCCGUGCUGCAGAGAAGAUUUUCCCCCCUCUUGAUUACUGUGUUGAACCACCUGUUCAAGAACUUGUGGCCAGGGAUUUGCAUAAUAACAUUUGGAGAUUCCGCCAUAUAUAUCGUGGAAAACCAAAACGUCACUUGCUUACAACUGGAUGGAGUCUAUUUGUCAGUGGAAAGAGACUUUUAGCUGGAGACUCUGUUUUAUUUGUAAGAGAUGAAAAGCAGCAGCUUCUUUUGGGUAUCAGACGAGCUAACAGGCAACCCAUCAAUAUAUCAUCCUCAGUACUAUCUAGUGAUAGUAUGCACAUUGGAAUUCUGGCUGCCGCAGCUCAUGCUGUUGCAAACAAUAGUCCUUUCACUGUGUUUUAUAAUCCUAGGGCUAGUCCCUCAGAAUUUGUUAUUCCUUUAGCCAAGUACUACAAGGCAGUGUAUAGCUACUAUAUAUCACCUGGCAUGCGCUUCCGAAUGACAUUUGAAACUGAAGACUCUGGAACAAGAAGAUAUAUGGGUACAAUUGUAGGUGUCAGUGAUCUGGAUUCUGUGAGAUGGAAAAACUCACUAUGGCAUAAUUUGCAGGUUGGUUGGGAUGAUGCAACUGCUGGGGAAAGGCAAAGUAGGGUCUCCAUCUGGGAAAUUGAACCUGUGACUGCUCCAUAUUUCAUCUGCCCACCUCCAUUCUUCAGACCCAAGAGACCUAGACUACCAGGAAUGCUAGAUGAUGAGCCAUCAGAUUUCAAUAACCUUUUCAAGAGUACAAUGCCUUGGGUUGGUGAUGAUAUGUGCAUUAACGAUUCCCAAGCUCUUCCUGGCUUGAGCUUAGUUCAAUGGAUGAGCAUACAGCAAAAUCCUGCUCCAGCUAACUCAUUUCAAUCAAAUUAUGUGCCUUCCAUGGCCGGAUUGGUUCUGCAAAAUCUUCCUAGUGCAGAUACCUCAAAUCAGCUGGGAUUUUCUACUUCACAAAUCUCUCAGUCGAACAAUUUAUCCUUUGAUGCUCAGAAGAUACUUCAGACUUCCCAGCAGCAUGAUCACAUUCAGAAGCUACCAUCCACAUCCCCGCCACAGCAACCAAGGAACUUGAUGAGUCAAACUUUACCACAGAGUGAAGUUCACACCCAACUUCUGAAUCCCCAGAGUCUUGUCCAAACCAACAAUAUUCUUCAACAGCAACAAUCAUCCAGUCAAAACCACCAACUGCUUAGAGGUCUGUCUCAGAACCCACCUCAGCAACAUCAAGUAACUACAAUGGGUCAGAAUCAACUGCAAAAUUCGAUUCAAUCCCCUAUGCCUGAUUAUGUUAAUCAUCAAUUACAGAUGUCUGAUAAUCAGGUUCAGCUUCAGUUGUUACAGAAGCUUCAACAGCAACAACAAACACUGUUGGCAAAGCAAUCUGCUUUGCAGCAGCCUGCUCAACUUAUUCAAAUCCCAGACCAGCAGAGGAAGCUUUUAGAUGUAGCACACAACUCUAGGGCCCUAACUCCUGGUCAAGUACUGGAAAUUCCUCCUACUCUUCAAAACUCCCUCCCUGAGGCUAGAUCUUUAACUCCUCAGAUAACAAUGCCUAGUAGUCAGAAAAAUGUUCAACUCUCUAAUCUAUCCAAGCAACCUGGCUUAUUGUCUGAAAUUUCUGGUCAUGUUGGACUUCCCCCUACAGCUACAACCAAUCUACAUUCAGCAUCGGGCUGUAGUAUACUGACUGGAGCAGGGCAAUCAGUAAUUACUGAUGAUGUUCCAUCUUGUUCCACCUCACCUUCCUCAAAUAACUUUGCCAAUGCACUCCCUCCAGUGAUAAGUUCCCAGAUCCAUAGGAGAACAAUGGUAGAGGAUGACAUGGCUCUGUCUGCUGUCACGAUCUUGAGUCCAAGUGUAUUAGAAACCAUGUCAUCUAAUGCAAACAUGGUAAAAGAUGUGCAUUCAAAGUAUGAAGUUAAGCCUUCUUUAAACAUUUCCAAACAUCAGACUCAAGGGAAUUUUGCCCCUAAGGCCUACUUGAAUGGUGGUGUGCAGACAGACUAUUUGGAUUCAUCAUCUUCUGCAACCUCGGUUUUCCUUUUUCAGAGUGAUACUCAUAUGCAUCAGAAUAACAACCCAUUGUCUUAUAAUCCACAGUCAAUGCAUUGUAGAGACAAUACUCAAAAUCUGGAUGUUCAGGCUGACUCUAGGACCAACAUUCCAUAUGGCAAUCACAUUAAUGGGCAAAUGGAAAUGUCACCAAAUCUAGAUCCUCUUCUAACCAAAGGAACUAUGGGGCUGGGUAAGGAUUUGCCAAAUACUAUCUCCUCAGGAGGCUUGCUUGGGGACUACGAAAAUAACAAAGAUGCUCCAGAGCUUUCAUCUUCAAUGGUUUCUCAUGCAUUUGGAGUCCUUGAUAUGAGCUUUAAUUCAAUUGAUUCCACCAUAAACAGUAGUAGCUUCUUGAAUAGUGGUCCAAGGAACCCACCAUCAUUGCCACUGCCACCGCCAUUGUUGCCACCACCAUCACAACAACAUCAGUUUCAGCGGAAGAGAACAUACACCAAGGUAUAUAAACGUGGAGCCGUGGGAAGGUCCGUAGACAUUACACGAUAUUCAGGUUAUGAAGAGCUUAAACAGGAUUUGGCUCUUAGAUUUGGUAUUGAGGGACAGCUGGAAGAUCGGCAAAGGAUAGGUUGGAAACUCGUUUAUGUAGAUCAUGAGAAUGAUGUUCUGCUUGUGGGAGAUGACCCCUGGGAGGAGUUUGUUAACUGUGUACGCUGCAUUAAAAUACUUUCUCCUCAAGAAGUUCAGCAGAUGAGUUUGGAUGGAGAUUUUAGCAAUGGUGGCCUUCCAUAUCCAGCCGGCAGCAGCUCUGAUGGUGGGAAUACUUAAAUUUUGUCCAGGAAUCUGCAAACUAAUCUUCCAUGUUGAUAGCUUAAAUUGGUUGUAGGAGACAUACAUUAUUAUGUCUUUGUGGGGUAAACUGCUGACGAUUUUAUCCUACUCCGGCAGCCAGGGUAAUACUUGCAGUUAAUAGGAUAAAUUUUAUCGCUACUCUGGACAGGCAAAUUUGAAGAACCAAUAAGAGAAAAUAGUGGAAAACGUGCCACCAGUCAGCAACUUCCAUCAAGAUUGUUAACCGGGAAAUGAAUCAAAUAUUUGAAGCACUCGCACACCCCAACAAAGUUAGAUGUAUUAAGCCAUGCAUUGUUGUAAAGUUAAUGGAGCAGAAGUUCUCUUAGCUUUGUUUGGAAUAUCUAUUUAAUUCAGGGUAUUGUAAAAGGAAAGGUUAAAUUAUCACAGCAUAGUUCAGUGUAUAAAAAGUAGGUUUCGUCUGCAGUCAUUGACAGGAAUUCUCGAUCUUUUGUAAACACCAGGCAGCUAGAUCGGGAGAAAAUUUCCAGUUUUCCACUAAUUCUAAUGUAGUAACGUUGUAUGUAUUGUAUUGCCAAAUUGAUAUUGAUGCAUCAAUUAUAGAAAAAAAAAAGUAUUGUUUCAAUGAAAAAAUAGUUCAUUCUUAG